CACAGGGAAAGGGCAGCUGGAGCUCCACACUUCAAAUCUUCUUUACCCGAGAAACUCUGCAUUACAGUCUUUGUGAUAAACAAGUUUCACGAGUCGCUUUACUUUUGUGUUUAGGCUUUAGGUAUGUAGGCAAAGACUGGGCGCUAGUUCAGUGCUGGGCUGCCCUUGCCAAGCGCACGUAGGAAAGAAGAAGAAGACAACUAAAAAAUGAAAAGUCAUCAGAGCAGUUUUGGAGUUUAAAGUGAAGAAGCUAAGAGUGUCUGUCAGCAACUAACAUCUGCACGCGAGCGAGAAGAAAGUCUGUGAGGAGAGGAAAGAAAAGUUUCGCAACAGAACGAGUAUCCUGUCUUGAUGAGGUACUGAGGAAUGCGCAUUUGUCAUGGAAACUCAGUCCCAGACCAGUUCUGCAGCAGAGAAAAAGAAGAGAGUGGAGACUAUUGUAGCUGCCAAGAGCGUGCCCACCCGUGCAGAAGUCAGUGAAAAGGCUGUGGCUUCCAGCACUACCUCCAAUGAGGAUGACAGUGGUUCCCCAUAUCAUCGUGAGAGGCGUAAUGCCAUCAGUGGGCAGGCUGUGGUUCUGGGCAUAUCAGGAAAACUUAGUGAAGAGCCAUCAACGUCUACAGAAGAACGCCCCCCAUUAGUGAAAAAAGAGCUUCACAGUUCUCUGCCCCACCUGGCAGACCAUACCAUGCCCUAUCGAGGGACACUGUUUGCCAUGGACCCUCGCAAUGGAUACCUGGACCCUCACUAUACUACACCUCAGUUCUUUCCUGCUUUUCAUCCUCCAGUACCAAUCGACGACAGACAUACACAAGGCCGGUACAUUUACGAACCCUCUCCAGUACCUCCGCUACACAUGCCUCCUGCACUGGCGGCCAGCCCGGCAUUUUCUGAUAUCUCCCUCAUCCGGAUCUCACCACAUCGGAACCCUUCCGUGGGGGCGGAGUCACCCUUUAACCCCCCACAUCCAUACAUUAACCCCUACAUGGACUAUAUCCGCUCUCUGCACAGCAGUCCCUCUUUGUCCAUGAUCUCUGCAGCCAGAGGCCUCAGUCCUGCAGAUGCACCCCACACCAGUUUGACCACGGCUGAGUACUACCACCAGAUGGCCCUACUUGCAGGUCACCGCAGCCCUUAUGCUGACAUUAUUCCCUCAGUGGCAUCUGCAACAGGGCCUACAAGUAGUGCCCUGCAUAUGGAGUACUUACAGGCUAUGGAAACUUCACGCUUUCCAAGUCCUAGGCUCACAAAUCGGCCCAGCAGAAAACGACCCCUUCCCAGCUCCCCUUCCCUUUCUGACCCCAGUUUUGACCUGCAGGCCAUGAUUCGCACUUCACCCAACUCUCUAGUCACUAUACUUAAUAAUUCCCGCUCCAGCUCUUCCACUAGUGGAUCCUAUGGACACCUCUCAGCUGGUACUAUCAGUCCUGCACUGAGUUUCGCAUAUCCUCCAACACCUGUGGCACUGCAAAUGCAUCAGCAGCUGAUCAGUAGGCAACCGGGCAUCGUAGGUUCUGCAUUUGGACAUAGUCCACCCCUUGUGCACCCAGCUCCUGCCUUUGCCACCCAGAGACCAGUUCCUGGCAUUCCUCCUUCCACCCUGCCUCCUACAGAACGUUCCACAACCUCAAAUGACUCACAGAGUAAACCCACCAGCGAAUCGGCUGUGAGUAGCACAGGGGACCCCAUGCAGCACAAACGAUCCAAACUCAAACCAGAUGAAGAGCCACCCAGCCCUGGAGCCAUUAGCGUGCAGGAGCAAACGGAUGGAAUGACACUUGUGAAAGAAGAGGGUGACAAAGAGGAGGGCAAGCAGGAGCCAGAGGUGGUGUAUGAGACCAAUUGCCACUGGGAAGGUUGCUGCAGGGAGUUUGACACCCAAGAGCAGCUUGUGCAUCAUAUAAAUAAUGAUCACAUACAUGGAGAAAAGAAGGAGUUUGUGUGUCGUUGGGAGGAAUGUUCAAGAGAGCAGAAACCGUUUAAGGCCCAGUACAUGCUUGUAGUGCACAUGCGCAGACAUACAGGAGAGAAGCCUCAUAAAUGCACGUUUGAAGGCUGUUCAAAAGCCUACUCCAGACUGGAGAACCUGAAGACACAUUUGCGUUCACACACAGGAGAGAAACCAUACGUGUGUGAACAUGAAGGCUGCAACAAAGCCUUUUCUAAUGCGUCAGACAGAGCCAAACAUCAGAAUCGCACACACUCCAAUGAGAAACCCUAUGUGUGUAAAAUCCCUGGUUGCACUAAACGAUAUACUGAUCCCAGCUCUUUACGGAAACAUGUUAAGACUGUACAUGGUCCUGAAGCACAUGUCACCAAGAAACAGCGUGGGGAUACAUACCCGCGUCCCCCACCUCAGCCUCGAGAACCAGAAGGUAACGGACAAGGUCAGUCUCCUGGACAACUGCCUCUCAGAGCGAUCACUGACCAAAGGGAGUAUAACCAUGCUACCUCAAAACAGGACGAAUGUCUACAAGUAAAGUCAAUCAAAACUGAGAAGCCCAUGGCGUCUCAGCCAAGCACUGGCGGUCAGUCUUCAUGCAGCAGUGACCAGUCCACCAGCGGCCCCCAUACCGGCCGUGGAGUCCAGCUUGCUGUGAACAGUAUUGUGCUUGUGGGGGAGGAGCCAGUGAUUGAGGACCAGGCAAAUGAAGAAAAGGAGGAGGAAGGGGAGGGAGAAGAGGAGGAUGCCCCCAUUAUGGACUCUACAGUAUCCACUGCAACAACCACAGCGGCAACACUAGCUUUACAGACUCGUCGAAGUGUAGGACGGCCCCUACGCUGGAUAGAGCAUGUUAAGAUGGAGAGGUUAAGGCAGGUGAAUGGAGCUGUGCCUAGGCUAGGACAUAUGUCCCCAACACCGCCCCCUAAAGGCCAGGCCCUGCCUGCCCUGACAGGAAAGGGUUUAUGCCUUGGUAGGAGUAGUUCUGUGGGGGUUCCCCAGCCUCCUCCACAUCUUGAGCCAUCUAACACAGAGCUGAUGGUGUUAAAUUUGCUGCAUGAACGCCGGGACAGCAGUGGCAGCAACACCAGCUCGGCCUAUCUGAGCAGCAGUCGUCGAUCCUCUGGCAUCUCCCCCUGCUUCUCCAGCCGUCGUUCUAGCCAGGCCUCACAGUCUGAGCACAGCCACCAUCGGCAUAUUCACAAUCUCAGUUCCACUGACUCUUAUGACCCUAUCUCCACUGAUGCCUCACGACGCUCUAGUGAAGCCAGCCAAUGUGGAGGUGGAGGAAGUUCAGGUGGGAUGGUGUACAGUGGUAUUGGAGGAUGUGGAAUAGGGGCAACAGGUGUUCUCAAUCUCACUCCGGCUCAACACUAUCACCUGAAGGCCAAGUAUGCCGCUGCUACAGGUGGUCCUCCUCCCACACCCUUGCCAAACAUGGAGAACAUGAGCUUAAAAUCUCGUCUGGCUUUGAUGGAAGAUAAACAGAACAUGGGCCAAAUUACACUACCACCACUGGUCAGGCCACGUCGCUGCAGUGAUGGUAUGCACAACUUACAUAGCAGUCAAGCAUUGUAUCAACGAAGGGGGCUGUACUCUGUUGAAGGUUCAGGGAAUAGUGAUCGAAGAGCCAGUGACCCUGUGCGUACACGUGAAACUAGCACUUUUGGUUUGCCACAGUUACAGCGUUUCAGCAGUUUAAACAGCAUGAAUUCAUUACCCCAUAUUGCUGGUAAUCAUUAUUUAGAUGGAGAAAAUAACAGUCUGAGUUUCCAGAACUACAUCUUUCAGAGAAGUCUACACUCGCCAUGUCCUCCCAGCAUCAUGGAGCAAUCAGCACUUGAGGACUUGGCAAUGGACCAAGAAGGUCUUCAGUUACAUGCUGAUGAAGACAUUCUGCCAGAUGACUUGGUGCAAUAUCUUCAUUCACAAGAUCAAGAAUCGGAUCACAACCAAGACAACCACAGCAGUGAUUUCAGUCCCCAUAGUUUUGACCAGGGUACUGAAGAUGUCCAGAACAACCUCAAUCCACAACAACAACAGGAAAAGACAGAAGAGGAAAGCACUAGUAAGGAUAUAAUGCCUAUACAGUGGAAUGAAGUGACCUCUGGUAGUGCUGAUGUUUCUCCUCCCAGGCAGCAGUCUCAGAGGUGUGGAAGAUGGUCAGACCACAGUGGCAUAGUGAGAAGCGCCUUUGGUUGCUUUGGAAACAUGAUUGUGCAGCAACAACUGCAUACAGAGUUCAUGGAUCAACACUCUUCCCUUUGUAGAGAUGGUGUCGAGCAAAUGGCAGGUAUGAAUUACAGAUGCAUACAAUCAGAGCAGCAUCAACAAAUAGAGAAGCCAUCCCAACAACGGCCCAGAAUAAAUCCAGUCAUUAAGAACGAGUCUUCAAACUUCAAACUGGAAUCAAGGCCCAACAACUUCUCUCAUAUCUCUUUGGGCCCCCUCCAUCCUUGCAGUACCCAGCAGACAACUAUAUCUCAAAAUAACCUCAAGCAAAUUCAAACAAUAACACAUCAAAUCAGCAGCAACCUUUUGUUGCAAAGUCCACCUAACUGCAGCUGGUCUCCAGCAACUCUUCUGCCUCACCAGGUCCAACAUCCUAUGACUCGCCCACCUGUCAAUAGCGGCCAUAGAGGCUUACAUCACACACAACCCUACUUCAUUCAGCAGGUUAUUAAUGAUCAUAAUGCACAUUCAUGCCAGCAGCAAAGCUUGAGAAAUGGAAAUGGAACCAAUUGCCCUCUUGCAAAUCAGGUUUCAGGACUUAAGCUUGAGGCAGAUGACUGCAUUCAAACCAACACUUGCUCUUCUAUCCAGCGACAAAAGCCUGUGUUUAUUGCUGAGUGUUUUGACACGUUUAAUGAUACAGCACAGUCAUAUUUAUCAGGGUCCUUGACAGCUGAGAUAGAAACACCUUCUGAGGCUCUUCUGUCCCCUGGGGUAGAUCACGUGACCAGUACAGUAGAAGAAAGCCUAGGUGUCAUAGAUAAUGUUGGUUUAGAUAUUUGUUCCAUCCUUGAGGAUGGUUAUGAGCUGGGUACUGAGGUGUCUGACAUAAUCAGUCCCAGUUUUUUCCAGGGUCUGUCUAGAACUCCCUCUCGGCUGACUACUCCCCGUGUUUCAGCUCCAUUUCAUCCCGGUAUUAACAACAUGGCUAUUGGUGACAUGAGCUCCCUCCUCACCACCCUUGCAGAAGAGAGCAAAUUUCUGGCUAUUAUGCAGUAACCUGUUGCUCUCCCCCUCCAAACAAUUGUUACACUGUUAUAGAUAAAAUGCAUUUAACAGACUUGUGUAUGUAAUGUAAAGGGAUGAGAAAGAAAAUUAUUGCUUCAUAUUUAUUAAAAUAGUUUAUUAGGUAAUGUUGACAAAGAUUUGGUACACAGUCUUAAAUCUGUCUUAUCUUCCUAGUGGCAGUUACCAGUAGAACCAUUCCAUUUCUGGAACAGAGGCUAUUUUAAAAGCCCUUCUUUUAUAUUGUUAUAUGAAGAUGACAGGUGGAAACACUGGUCGUCUUUUCAUCACACUGAAACAGUAUUCUCCUUGUUGUUGUUGAUAUUUUUAUGUUUUGUUGUACAUUGUAGCUACAAGUGCAUGAUGAUUUUAUUAAGUAUACACAGUGUUCACAAAAACCGAGUAGGUUAACUCAUUGUAUUAUGUAUCUUUGUUGUUGAGUUCAUUGCAUACUACAAAAAGGUGUGAAUGUACACAUACCCGACUGUCAUCAGUUCAAUUCAUUGUGGAAUAUCACUCCUAACAGGCCCACAUGUCAUAUUUUGAUUAUUCUAAAUGUCUUUUAAGUAUCUUAAGAUGUUGCAGUGAUUAUAAAAUAAGUCUUACCAAAAAUGUUGCUGACCAAUUUUUUCCCAAAAUAGCAAUUAAGAGGGACCACUAUGUUGUGUAAGGGUAUGACAAGUGUAGAGCAAAAUGCUACAGCUGAUCACUUAAUAUCUUGAUUAUAUUGACUGUAUCAUUGUACAUAAAUGUUAAUAUUUUUCAUUUUUUAUAUAGCAAAUAUUUACAUUUUGCAUCAUUUUGAUCAUAUUGUUAAUGACUGGUGCUGCUGUUAAGCAAUGCAUUACACAAUAAACAAAAAAAAAUAUUGUGGUAAUUUUAGUGAAUCUAAACAUGUUGCUUAUUGCACACAUAUUGUUUUUUAAUUUGUGGCCAAAAUGUGUUGACAGCAAUGGUAUCAAUUAAUGUUUAAAUUUAUCUAAAUAUACCAGUAAUUUUAUUUGUUAUCUUGUUUACAACCGUCAGUUGUGUGCUGUUUUUGUCACAGCAGUACAGUGAAUCUGUAGUGAGGUCUCAUUUAUGCCAUUUCUUUUUAGGUCAACCUGUCUUUGCUUAACUAUUAAAAAACCUCUACCUUCAUCACUGCGAAAUAAGGAAAUGUAUAAACACCAAGAGACAACAUGCUCCACUACAAUAGCUGAGAGGCUUUUAGCAGUAUUAAAAUAUAUUGCAGUUUCUACCUGCAUAUGUACAGUUUUUAAAAGUGUACUCUUGUAAUUAGGUUCUGUUUGUUUUUGUAUGGUUAUUUGAAAAAUUACUGUAGUUGUGUAUCAGCAUUUUUUAAGUUUUAAACACAGAAAUGGUAUGACCUAUUCCUCUUUAAAAGGACUAGAGGCUUUAAGCCUAAGGUGUGUGCCUUAUUAAUGCUCGUCCAUACAAAAGAGACACUGCCAUUUUCUUCUUCCUUCCUUCCUUUUUUAAGGAAAUAAAGAGAAAUAAAUUGUGUAUGGAAAGAGUCCUGCGAUUUCACAUGUUACAUGGAACACUACAUUCUGUUGGUUGGGCAUUGAGAAAUGUGAUGUGUAAGCAAUGUUAGUUGCUUUGUUGUUGUUUUUAAUAGUUAUUACAUUUGUUUUUAUGCUUGUAAAUACAUAUUCAUUCUGUAGACUGUAGUUAAGAGUUUAGGUGGCAUCAGGCUCAGAAUUAGUAUAAGUAUCCUACUCUAUUAAGCAUUUACAUUCAAACAGGUGAUCAAAGUAGAAUCAUGGUGCAUAGCACUCUAGACUGGGAACAAAGUGUGAAGGCUCUUUUUAUAUGAGAUUAAAACAAAUGUUUGUAUGGUUUUAAUAAAAAAAUAAAAUAAAAAAAAUAAAUACAACA